AUGGCUGUCCUACCGCACGACGAUGGCACUCGCACAACCCUCUCGACCUCAUCUCCUCCGUCGAAACCUGCAUCGAUCAAGCCGUCCAGGAAAUUUGAAUCAGCCGGACACACACGUACCAGCAUCCGCGCCAUCGGCAUCGCGAACCAGCGCGAGACAACCCUCGUCUGGGACAGAAUCACCGCCUCCAAGCUCCUCUGGAUACUCGCCAACGAGCUGCGUGUAUGUGACGCCUUUGAAAGAGGCACUCUCGCCUUUGGCACAGUCGACACCUCGCUCGUGUACAAUCUCAAUGGCAGCCAGGUCGCUGGCGUCUUCGUCAUCGUCGCAACGAGCGCCUCGCGCACCAUGUUCAUGAAUCUCGACAAAUUAGAAUAUGACCCAUUUCUCCUCGACUUCUUCGGUCUCUCCACCUCAACCAUCAAUACUAUAACCACAACCAACCACACCAUCUACAUCCCCAAGAUAACCCCCUCUGACCACCCAACCGCCUACGACACCCUGACCACAACCUCCCUCGCCGGAACCCUCAUCACCUCCUGCCUCGGCUGGUGGUGA